UCGUGCGUAACUGGAAGAGAGAAAGAUUUCUCUCCUUUUCGAUUUGUGCUGGGAGUCAAACAAAGAAGCACUGCUGGCGUGUGUUUUUCGACUUUAUUUCGAACAAGCGGCCCUUUUCAAACAUUCCGGGGCCUCUCCCUCCUUACGUCAGAGCUGACAUGACGAGCGAGACCCCUCACCAGCAGCUGGAUCCUCCGCCUCCUCUGAGAUCUAGUCCGGUGCCCGGCGUGCUGCAUCCCGCCAUGCUGAGCUCCACACAAGCCGCCUCGGAAAGCUCGUCCGCUCUCGUCAAAGGGAAGAAAAGUAGCUCCGGUUUGAGGCGGCCAGAAAAACCUCCGUAUUCCUAUAUCGCACUGAUCGUCAUGGCAAUACAAAGCUCCCCGACCAAACGGCUGACGCUCAGCGAAAUAUAUCAAUUCCUCCAGGCCCGUUUCCCAUUCUUCAGGGGCGCUUAUCAGGGAUGGAAAAAUUCAGUCCGGCACAAUCUGUCGCUUAAUGAGUGCUUUAUCAAGCUGCCCAAGGGACUGGGAAGACCGGGGAAAGGCCACUAUUGGACCAUUGAUCCUGGGAGCGAGUUUAUGUUCGAGGAGGGUUCGUUUCGGCGUCGACCCAGAGGCUUCAGAAGAAAGUGUCAAGCCCUGAAACCCAUGUAUAGGAUGAUGAAUGGCAUCGGAUUCGGCACGUCCAUUCUGCCACAGAGUUUUGACUUCCAGCCUCCUUCUGCGACGCUCGCCUGUCACAGCAACAGCUACAACUUGGAUAUGAUGAGCAAUUCCAUGGCCGGAGGCUACGACGGGCUUGGGGGUGGCCACCAUGUACCCCACAUGUCUCCUAGCCCGGGAUCCACUUACAUGGCGAGCUGCCCCGUGCCACCCAACGGUGAAUACGGGCCGGAGAGCAGCAGCAGUCCAGUACCGUCCUCUCCGGCCAUGGCGAGCGCCUUGGACGGCCACUCCCCGUUCGCGAGUACGUCCGCACACUGGGCUGCCUCAAGCGGAUCACCUUACAUCAAACAGCAGCCUUUAACCUCCAGCAGUCCAGCAUCAAAUUCUCUGCACUCCGGCAUGUCGCCUUACUCCCUGGAGCAAACCUACAUUCACCAAAACGGCAGGGAGAGCCAUAGUGACCUAUCAGUGGGCAUUCCGCGUUAUCAGAGCCACUGCGAUAGGAAAGAUUUUGUGUUCAACUUUAAUGGCAUCUCGUCUUUUCAUCCCACUGCUGGCGGCUCCUACUAUCACCAUCAUCACCAUCAUCAUCCUCAGAGCGUAUGUCAGGACAUCAAGCCGUGCGUCAUGUGAGGGCUCUUGUCUGUUUGAACCCCGAAAGACGGACUGGGGAAAACUGCACGUCUGCUAUGCAACAAAGGACUAUUUUUGUAUCGGUUGGAAAAUUAAUAGUAUGUAUCAUGAUGGCUGUAUUCACACAAUGCCUCUUUUUCUGGACCUAACCAAUGCGUUGAAGGAAAAUGAAUGAAGAAACCCCCAAGCAGGCCUUAAAAACAUUAAAUGAACAACGGCAAGCGCUUUUUCGUGAACUAAUUUUGUUCUAUGUAUAUAUUUUAUCACACACGAUGCUUUAUUAUGAACUGCUACAAACAUUGCACUUAUUGUAUAACCACAAGAUUAAA